CCUGUCUCAGCUUUCACUCAGAACAUCUCUGACUUACACUGAGCUUAAUCAAGUUGUGAUUAUGUGUCUCAGGAUGAGCUCAAGCCCUGUCCACUCACCUGCUGACUCCAGAUCAGCGCUGAACUACAAACGAAGCAGGUCCUGUGGCACCUUCAUCGAGAUUGACAGCAAAAUAGCACAAGCAAUGGAUCUGGUGAAGACUCACAUGCUGAGUGCAGUGCGAGAGGAAGUGGAACCUCUGAGAGAGAAAAUUAAAAAUCUGACUGAGAGAAGCUUCGAGCUGGAAAGAGAAAACCACCUGCUGAGAUCCAUGAUCAAAUACCAAAUAGUACUGAGGUCAAAUCAGAUUACCAACUACCAUGCAGCACUGACCUCAGGUCAGACCACCAACCACCAUGCAGCACUGACCUCAGGUCAGACCACCAACCACCAUGCAGCAAUGACCUCAGGUCAGACCACCAACCACCAUGCAGCACUGACCUCAGGUCAGACCACCAACCACCAUGCAGCAAUGACCUCAGGUCAGACCACCAACCACCAUGCAGCACUGACCUCAGGUCAGACCACCAACCACCAUGCAGCAAUGACCUCAGGUCAGACCACCAACCACCAUGCAGCACUGACCUCAGGUCAGACCACCAACCACCAUGCAGGACAGACCUCAGGUCAGACCACCAACCACCAUGCAGCACUGACCUCAGGUCAGACCACCAACCACCAUGCAGCACUGACCUCAGGUCAGACCACCAACCACCAUGCAGCACUGACGUCAGGUCAGAUCACCAACCACCAUGCAGCACUGACCUCAAGUCAGAUCACCAACCACCAUGCAGCACUGACCUCAGGUCUGAUCACCAACCACCAAAGAGCACUGAUGUCAGAUCAGGUCACUAACCACCAAAGAGCACUGAGCUCAAAUCAUCACUGCGGUCAACAUGACAGAAGCAUAUAUGAGCAAUCAGAAAAUUUCAUCUUCAGAGGUGCUGAUUACCAGAACAAUGAGUGCUUUUCUGUGAACACACAACGGUAUUUGAAUGUAGUAUUAAAUCAAGAUGUCACAUGUUAGCGUUGCUCUGUCCUAGCAGGGCGUGUCAAUUCAUGUAAAUUCCAUCCAUCCAUCUUCUACCGCUUAUCCGGAUCCGGGUCGUGGGGGUAGCAGCCUAAGCAGAGCAGCACAGACUUCCCUCUCCCCGGCCACCUCCACGAGCUCUUCCAGAGGAAUACCGAAGCGUUCCCAGGCCAGCCGAGAGAUGUAAUCUCUCCAGCGUGUCCUGUGUCUGCCCCGGGGAGUCCUCCCGGUGGGGUAUGCCCUGAAAACCUCCCUUGGGAGGAGUCCGGGGGCAUCCUAACAAAGUGCCCGAACCACCUCAACUGACUCCUUUCGAUGUGGAGGAGCAGCGGUUCUACUCCGAGUCUCUCCCGAAUGACCAAGCUUCUCACCCCGUCUCUAAUGGAGAGCCCAGACACCCUGCAGAGAAAACUCAUUUCCACCGCUUGUAUUCGCGAUCUCAUUCUUUCGGUCACUACCCAUAGCUCGUGACCAUAGGUGAGAGUGAGAAAGUAGAUGGACCAGUAAAUUGAGAACUUUAAUGUAAAUUUCUAACCUUAAAGUGCUAAUCUUACACACAAAUCAAUAAUUAACUAAUUUCCUUGUGACAAGGUUGCAGUGACAAGGUUGCAGUGUUUUCUUUAACAGUGACUUAUUUCUGGCACAGAAUCUUUGCGCACAAAUGCUCACAAUGAAAAUGUUAUAUUUAAUUAUAUUUUGAACUCUAGCUUUGUAAUUUUUUUUAAUGAAAUGUAAUGUAUUUGUUUUGCACUCAUUUCUUAUUGGAGUUUUGUUAACAUAUUAUUUGCAUUACUCUGAGUUACUGAGCCUGAGCUGUGUAGAAUUGUAAAGUAACUGUGUAAAAUCUAAAAUAUAUUUAUAGCCACAGGAGAAAAACUACUGAUUUUCUUUUUGUUAAAUGUCUUCGUGCUCAUUCACAUGAUAACAGUUAAUCUUAAAGUUUUAAACAGCACCUUCCGUGAACAUUAAUAAAUAAAUAAAUAAAUAAAUAAAACACAUUAUUUCCUGUUAUAUUCUAACAUAAGAGGAGAGUAAUUACAGUUAAUUACAGUUCUUAAUUACACUUAAUUACAGUUGGACUUUUUUUUACAGUUCUUAAUUACACUUAAUUACAGUUCUACAGGGUUUUUUUGUUUUUUUUUUAAAUAGAUGUCUCGUGCAGGUUUUUAAGAAGGAGGGGUUUGCGUUAGGUAUUGGCGAAGGCUCCUGGACUUGCCCCGGCUUGGGGUUUGCUUAUUUGAGCUUUAAGUUUGUCAGUUAAGAGUAACUUUGAAUGUUUUAAUGUUUUUAAUACUCAGUCUAGAAUUUCUUGGUGAGGCUGUUGGCCUUAAAUUUUUUUUAUUUUGUAUUACUGCAGUUAGUACUUGGAAUACAGUUUUAGGGUAAGGCAGCGGGCCUUAAUUUUCUCUUUUAUAUUUAAUUCUGGUUAAAAUUGGUUUUAUGUCUUACUUGGGGAAAAUGCAAUAUAUUGAGUAUUAAUGUGCUUUAAUCCAAUAUUCAUGAAUCAGUCAAUUAAUUAAUUAACUAAUUGUGUAAUUACUUAUUUGCUUAGUUAGUUUAAUUAUCCCAGGGAUUAAUUAAGAGCUUAAUUAGAGAUUUUGAGUUAAGCCUAAUGGCCUUUAGGUACUUGGACUAGAGUUGCGAGCUGACAUGUCUUUCCAAAUUGGUGUGAUUACUGCCAGAGUUAUUUAGUUUGAGGCUGUUGGAUUUAAUAUACUCAGAAUACUUUACCUAGAUCUCAGGUUAGAGAUGAAAUGGAUGGCCUUUAUGUAAACGGAAUUAAGUAGAAGGUCAGGUUGCUAGCCUUUGAAUGCUGGUGUAUUAACCUAUUAUGUGCACACUAGAGUUUGAGGUGAAGCCGGUGAAAUAUUAUGAUGAUAUUAUUAUGAUCUUUCAAUAGUUUCUGGUGAAUUCCAGGACACAUGAUCAGUUUUGUACCUCAGACUCAUCAGGUCUUUUGGCCAUUAAACACUAUACUCAUCAUGCAACCGGCAAUCGGUUAAUCAGUUCACUUGUGUGUCCCGUGUUCAAUUAGAUUGUAUUUGCCUUUCAUAUUUUUGGUUAUUUGUGUCUCUGGCAAAUAUAUGUACGGUAUGAGUCAAAAGUUUGGAUACACCAUCUAAUUCAAUGUUUUUAUUUUUAUGAAUUAAAAGACGCUUCAUGUCUUAAAGUAA